UUCAGCUCAUGAACGACGACUGCACGGAUAACCACCACGCUGAAGCCGCCUUCAGCAUCUCCCGGUUUCUCAAUCACACAUUAUCUGGAAAGAUGGUCUCUAUAGAAACAUCACCCAACUCGUCUCCUUUGGCUGAAUGGGUCGGCUGUCUGGAUAAAAGGCCUGCGGAGCGUUCUGCAGAGGAUGUGGAUAUUAUUCUGACCAGACUUAAAGGGUUUAAAUCCUUCCAGAGGUUCCACCCCUCCCUGCUGCUGCAGAUCUGCUCCUGUGCCUUCUACGAAUACUUGGGGAAAGGCAUCACCUGGAAGUAUACAUACAAACUCUCACACUCACUCAGUGUGUUCCGCCAGGGUGACAUAGGGACCAGCUGGUAUGCUGUUCUGUCUGGCUAUCUGGACGUCAAGGUGUCAGAAACGGCCAACCACCAGGAUGCUGUCACUAUCUGCAAGCUGGGAAUCGGGACGGCGUUUGGAGAGUCUAUUCUGGAUAAUACUCCACGCCAUAUCGUCAGCAGAGAGACCAGCGAACUGCUCCGCAUCGAACAGAGAGAGUUCAAGAGUCUAUGGGAGAAGUACCGUCAGUGUAUGGCUGGACUUCUGGCCCCUCCCUAUGGUGCCAUGGAAACUGGAUCCAACAAUGACAGGCUGACAGACAAAGACAGUCUAGGUUCAGAUCCUCUCAACUUAAUGAACAAGAUCCUCAACAAGGUUCCAUCAGAGAAGCUGCAGCGAGGAGGGAAGGUGAUGCGGAACGCCAUCCUCUCCAGAGCUCCACACAUGAUCAGAGACAGGAAGAACCACCUCAAGACUUACAGGCAGUGUUGUGUAGGUACAGAGCUGGUAGACUGGCUGGUGCAGCAGAGUACCUGUGUACAUACUCGCUCUCACGCUGUGGGGAUGUGGCAGGUUCUGCUGGAGGAGGGAGUCCUGAACCAUGUGGACCAGGAGCUGGGUUUCCAGGACAAGUACCUGUUCUAUCGUUUCCUUGACGAUGAGGAGGAGCACACCCCAUUGCCUAGCGAGGAGGAGAAGAGGGAGAGUGAGGAAGAGCUGCCUGAGACAAUCCUCUUCCUCGCCCAGAUGGGACCUGAUGCCCUGCUGUGCAUGAUCCUCCGCAAACCUCCUGGUCAGAGGAUGGGUGAUGAUCUAGAGAUCAUCUAUGAUGAGCUGCUUCACAUCAAGGCCUUAUCCCACCUCUCCGACACUGUGACGAGGGAGCUGGCGAGUGUUCUCAUCUUCGAGUCUCACGCCAAAGCAGGAACCGUGUUGUUUAACCAGGGAGAAGAGGGAACAUCCUGGUACAUCAUCCAGAAAGGCUCUGUCAAUGUGGUCAUCUACGGCAAGGGUGUGGUGUGUACCCUGCACGAGGGGGAUGACUUUGGGAAGCUGGCGUUGGUGACUGACUCUCCUCGAGCUGCCUCCAUCGUCCUCAGAGAAGACAACUGUCACUUCCUCCGAGUGGACAAAGAAGACUUCAACAGGAUACUCAGGGAUGUGGAGGCAAAUACAAUGCGUUUGAAGGAACAUGAGCAGGCUGUUCUGGUCUUGGAGAAGAGUCCCAGAGCCUCCAGUCUGGGAAAUAUCAGGUACACAGUGUUGUCUGGAACCCCUGAGAAGAUCCUUGACCACUUCCUGGAGACUAUGAGGAUGGAUACACACCACUCUGACCCAGAUCCUGCGGUAGAUGACUUUGUCCUCAUGCACUGUGUCUUCAUGCCUAACAGCCAGUUCUGCCAGCUACUCAUGGCACACUACCAUGCGGUGGCUCCCCCGGGCUCGGAGCAGGAGAGGUUGGAGUACGCUGUGACCUGUAAGAGACGAGUCCUCAAUCUGGCCCUGCGCUGGGCUGGAGUACACGCACAUCACUUACAGGAGGAGCCAGCAGCACUCAUAUUCCUGGAGGAGCUGUAUGGGAGUGUGUCCAAUGACUCACGGAUCCUCAGAGCUCUGAAAGACUUUGUACCUGACUUGGAGAAGGUUGUCAAACUACAUUCAGAAGAGGCCAAAGUGAAAAAGCAGAAGGUCCUUACACAGUUCAGCAACGGAGACGAGAAACUAGUGAAGACACAACCCAUCAGGAACUGUGACGACAUCCUGUUGAAGGUGUACUGCAGUGACCACACCUACACCACCAUCCGGGUUGCCGUAGCGGCCACAGGGAGUGAGGUGACCAGCGCUGUGGCCGACAAACUUGCCUCAAACGACGACCUGCUAUUGGUCCACCUCAGCUCCGCAGGCGAGAAGCAGAUGCUGAAGCCCAAUGAUGUGUCAGUAUUCUCCUCUCUGAGCAUCAAUGGGCGUAUGUUCGCCUGUCCCCGGGACCAGCUCAAUGCUCUGACCCCUCUCCCAGACCAGGAGGGGCCCUCAGCUGGGUCCAUGUCCAGUUUUGAGCUGAUGAGUUCUAAAGACCUGGCCUAUCAGAUGACCCUGUACGACUGGGAACUCUUCAGCUGUGUUCACGAGCAUGAGUUGUUGUACCAUACGUUUGGUCGUCAGAGCUUCAGGAGAACCACUGCCAACCUGGACCUGUUUCUACGCAGGUUCAACCAGGUGCAGCUGUGGGUGGUGACGGAGGUGUGUCUGUGUGGUCAGCUUAGCAAACGGGUUCAGCUGCUCAAGAAGUUCAUCAAAAUCGCUGCUCACUGUCGGGAAUUUAAAAACCUGAACUCGUUCUUUGCCAUCAUCAUGGGUAUGAGCAACCCUGCAGUCAGCCGACUCACCCAAACCUGGGAGAAACUCCCUAGCAAGUUCAAGAAGUUCUAUGCUGAGUUUGAGAGCAUGAUGGACCCGUCCAGGAACCACCGGGCAUACCGUCUGACCGUCACCAAAAUAGAGCCGCCAAUCAUCCCCUUCAUGCCCCUCCUCCUCAAAGACAUGACUUUUAGUCACGAGGGCAACAAGACAUUCAUAGACAACAUGGUCAACUUUGAGAAGAUGCGGGUGAUCGCAAACACCAUCCGGGCGGUGAGACACUGCAGGAGUCAGACGUUCAACCCCGAGGUGUGUCAGCCCAAUAAGAACCAUGCUGAGGUGAGGGGUUAUGUCAGGAAGCUGUGUGUGAUUGACAAACAACGGACCCUGACAACACUCUCCUAUAGGCUAGAGCCCCGCAGGACCUGAGGUUGCCCACCAUGCAGUUGUUACUCUCUAUGACAUCAUACAGAACUCUCAGCCUCUGUAAGAUCAAUUAACCUUCAUUGCUAUGACAUCAAAUGGCUUCAUUGGGCUUCUGUGACAUAAUAUGGAACAGUCGAUGUCUGACAUCACAUGGAAUUUUUAGCCCACUAAGACAUCUUACUGAACUCUUAGCCCUCUAUGACAUCACACAGAACCAUCAGCCCUCUGUGAAAUCAUACAGAACACUUUGCCCUCUGUGACAUCACAUAGAAGACAGAUGAUUUAGAGAUAAGAGACUUGAUUUCUCUGUUACAUGUAAGGUUACUCUAAAUGUAGAUUGAACAAAGUUACAAGAGAUGUUAAGCCUCAUUUAGAUUAUCAUGUCCCUUACUUUGAGCAGAUGUAAAAAACUAAAAAGUAUAAUGUUACAAAUAUCAAGAUCUUUACAUAAAUGAUUAUAGAGAAACAAAACCUCUAGCUUUUUUACGCCAGUAUUCUGAAAACUGUCCUCAAGUUCUUGUUUAUUUUUACAUUAAAGCACAACUCCUGUAUUGUUAUUCAAUUAAAAUCAGUCAUCUUUCUCAGUUUUCGUAAAUAUGGGUACAGUAUAUUUAACUUGUUUUACCUCAUCAUGAUGUCAGUGGGUUGAGAGUGUAUAGUCUGUCUGAACAGUAAAUAAAAAAUAUCUAAUAUAAUAA